AUGCUGCUGCGAUCCACCGCAAUCUUACUCGCUGGCCUGGCUGCAACAACUGCAGGUGCUUUGUAUGCAAAUAGCAUCGAGUUCGACUGGACGGCAAUUGAACCAACGGAAGACUUGCGCUACCGUGAUUGCUUCAAUGGGCUCCGUUGUGCGCGCCUCAAGGUGCCACUGGAUUGGAACAACCCCAAAGACAAUAGAACCAUCGCCAUUGCCAUCGCCACGCUCCCGGCCUCAGUGCCGGUCGACCACCCCGACCACGGUGGCACCAUUAUUUUAAACCCGGGGGGUCCAGGCGAUCUUGGAGUCAACCUAGUACGCCUCUCCGGCCGGCAUCUGCAAAAGGUGAUUGACAACAAUAAAAAGUACGAUUAUCUCGGAUUCGACCCUCGGGGUAUAGGAAACACAACCCCUCAACUGGACUGUUUCGGAGGCGACACACUUGCGAGGAACGCCUACCAACAAGUACUUCGCGGGCUCAGCACCCUUGACUCUAGUGAAGACGCCUUACGACGCUUUCUGGCAUAUUCUAAAGGAUUAGGUGCUCUCUGUGAGACCACGCUUGGCAAAUCUAGUAUUCUGGAGCAUGUCACUACCGCUGCUGUCUGCCGUGACAUGGUCGAGAUGGUGGAUCGCGUUGAUGAGCUCCGGAAAAGGGAAGUCGCAUUGCGCAAGCGUCGCAGAGGUGAGCAUGAGCAAGAGGUUACGACGGAAGAGAACCAAGUUCCUCGACUUCAGUAUUUGGGCUUAUCAUACGGCACCGCUCUUGGAAACACUUUCGCGUCUAUGUUCCCCGGGCGCGUUGGGCGAGUGGUCCUGGAUGGCGUUGUCGACGCUGAGGACUAUAUGAGAGGACUAUGGCAUCAUGACCUAAUCGACACGGAGGCUGUCGUCAACUAUUUCUACGACACAUGUUUCGAGGCUGGCGAUAUUUGUACGCUUCGUACCCCCGAAGAUGUGAGCGGUGCUAGCAUUAGAAAGCGCGUGGAUCAAUUUAUCACAGACAUGGACGCGCUUCCUCGAUACAGCGUUGGGGGCACAAGUAUCGCAGCUCUGACUGGUCGUGACAUUCGCGACAGCAUAUCGCAAGCCCUUUACAGGCCCAUCUUGAGCUUUCCACCAUUGGCACAGUUGCUUUCAGAUGCCUUGGAGGGUAACUACACCUUGCUUACAAGCACAGUCACGCCUGACGAUAUCCAAACCGAUUGUGCCACUGGUAGUCAAAUUCUCAGCGGAGAAGCUGAGUAUGGUAUCUCUUGCAGCGAUGCCGCGGGUAACCAGACUGAACACGAUCUUGCCUAUUACUCUAACGAAUUGAGAAAUUACAUGAACCAAUCCAUCACCUUUGGUGCAAAAUGGGCCACGAUUCCGUUCCAAUGCGUGGGUUACCGUCUUCAGCCCAAGUAUCAGUUUCGUGGGCCGUGGGUUACGCCCCCGGCGGACUCCAGUCUCAAACCUGGCGUACCAGCAGCACCACUUCUAUUUUUGUCAAAUCGAAUAGACCCAGUUACGCCUCCUGUCAAUGCAAUCGCCAUGUCAGCAAACCAUCCUGGCUCUGCAGUAGUGAUUCAGGAUUCGGUAGGCCAUUGUGCCAUCCCAGCAGGCUGGAGCGACUGUACCAACCAGAUCCUGCGAGACUAUUUCGAGUUUGGCGUUGUUCCCCGAAAUGGUACCGCUUGUGCGGCCUCUUGUAAGGCAUGGCAAGAAAAUGACAAUGGCUGCAACUCAUUGAGCUUCGAAAAUAAUGGCGGCUGGUGA